AAUGGUUAUGGCACAUGAAAGAUGCGCACACCCCCCUCGUCCCACUUUUUCCUCUCUUGCUAGUGUGCGCCCUCGUGGCUUUGCGUGCGCCGCUUGCGCUACCUCCUAACCUACGCCCACACUCAUCUCCUCCUAUCCCCGACAACAAGAUCAUCACACCCAUCGUCGAUACUUCCAAGGCCAGGCUCAAGCUCCAACUUUCCAAGAUCUCUUCAUCCGACGUCGCUCCCAUGUCCAAAGCUCGAGUCUACGCCGACGUCAACGUUCUUCGCCCCAAAGAUUACUGGGAUUACGAAUCUCUCACCGUUCAGUGGGGUGAUCAGGAUGACUAUGAGGUUGUUCGGAAAGUUGGAAGGGGAAAAUACAGCGAGGUUUUUGAAGGCAUAAAUGUUAAUAGCAAUGAGCGAUGCAUAAUCAAGAUCCUCAAGCCUGUUAAGAAAAAGAAGAUAAAGAGGGAGAUAAAAAUACUUCAGAACCUUUGUGGGGGCCCAAAUGUCGUCAAGCUGCUUGAUAUUGUCAGAGACCAGCAUUCAAAAACUCCUAGCUUGAUAUUUGAAUAUGUGAACAGUACAGAUUUCAAAGUUUUGUACCCCACUCUGACCGAUUAUGACAUACGCUACUACAUAUAUGAGCUUCUCAAGGCAUUAGAUUACUGUCACUCACAGGGAAUAAUGCACAGAGAUGUCAAGCCUCACAAUGUUAUGAUAGACCAUGAGUUGCGAAAACUUAGACUGAUUGAUUGGGGUCUUGCUGAAUUCUACCAUCCUGGCAAAGAAUAUAAUGUUCGUGUUGCUUCUCGAUACUUUAAGGGGCCAGAACUCCUUGUUGAUUUGCAAGAUUAUGAUUAUUCUUUGGAUAUGUGGAGCCUUGGGUGCAUGUUUGCGGGAAUGAUCUUUCGCAAGGAACCAUUCUUUUAUGGUCAUGACAAUCAUGAUCAGCUUGUCAAGAUUGCCAAGGUACUUGGUACAGAUGAGUUAAAUGCAUAUCUGAACAAAUAUCGUUUAGAGCUCGAUCCUCAACUUGAUGCUCUUGUUGGGAGGCACAGCAGAAAGCCGUGGUCCAAAUUUAUCCAUGCAGACAAUCAGCAUCUAGUUUCUCCAGAGGCCAUUGAUUUUCUUGAUAAGCUCCUUCGAUAUGAUCAUCAGGACAGGCUUACAGCAAGAGAGGCAAUGGCACAUCCAUAUUUCUUUCAAGUGAGGGCUGCAGAGAGUAGCAGGAUGCGAACACAGUAGCCUCUUCAUCUUGUGUGCAUACAUAAAAACAGCGCAUGUCAUUGGAAUGUAGCAUGUUUGCAUUUUUAUAUACCCUAUAAAAUGUUGGAGCUACCUUGUGCCACUUGUUAGCUCUAGCAUUUAUCGAAUUUUAAAGAAUGAUCCUAAAGUCUCUCCCUUGAAGAUAACUAUUGUGGAUUUAGGACCCGUCUUUGAUAUCUAAAUUUUUCUGGAUUUUACUCAACGUGAAGCUAUUUUAUAUUGUCUGUAACUCACCAAUAAGUAGAAUUCGUCUUGGAGUGCUUAUCUU